CGCCAGCGCCGCGCAUGCGCCGCCCCGCGGGGUGGGGGGGGCCGUUCCCGUGGCAACGGCCGGGGCCCCGCCGCCGCCGCCGCCGCCGCCGGGGCAGAGGCGGGCGGCCGGGAGCCUCGCAGCCCGCCCGCCGGCGGCAGCGCUGGAAAGCGGGGCGGCGGCGGGGGCAGCGGCGGCGGCAGGGCCCGGCGCGGCCCGGCGCGGCGGCAGCGCGGAGCGGCGGCGCGAAGGGGGAUGGGGCGCGCGGCCCGGCGGCCGCCACCCCCCCGCCAUGAUGCUGCUCGGCAGGAAGCCGGAGGCGCCCCUCAGCGCGGGCAGGUUUGCAGAUGGAUUAUAUGACUCCUAUAUGAGGAUAGAUCAGAUUAGGUACCAAGAGUCUACAAAUGAAGAACACAGCCCCUCGGGACUUCCUGCCCUUGGAAGAUCUAACGUUUCUAGCCACAAACUUGCCAUGAAGGAUCACCCUCUGACCGGAAGUCAGGUCAAAGUUGAACAAUUAUUUGAGGACUCUGGCAACAGAAGGAGUAGCGCUCUUCAGUCUGCAGGAAUUAAUAGUUCAGAAAGAUCUCUUCCUUCCCUGACAAAAGAUAAAAGUAUAGAUGGCUUAAGCACUUCUAAAUGUGCUGGUAGUUCCUUAAAAGCACACAAAGCCGUUUCCCAAGCUCCAGAACAAGCUGUCAAACAGUACAAACAUCAGCUGUCUGCUUAUGAGCAGCAAGAGAUUUUUAAUUUCUCUGAAAUUUACUUUGUGGGUCCAGCUGCAAAAAAGAGGCAAGGAGUAAUAGGUGGCCCCAACAAUGGAGGCUAUGAUGAUGAUCAAGGUAGCUAUAUUCAUGUGCCCCAUGACCAUCUUGCUUACCGGUAUGAAGUACUCAAAAUCAUUGGAAAGGGCAGUUUUGGACAAGUUGCUAAAGUCUACGAUCAUAAACUCCACCAACACUUAGCCUUAAAGAUGGUUCGCAAUGAAAAGAGAUUCCAUCGCCAAGCAGCAGAAGAAAUCCGGAUUUUGGAGCAUCUGAAGAAGCAGGAUAAAACAGGCAGUAUGAAUGUUAUUCACAUGCUGGAAAGCUUCACUUUUCGCAACCACAUCUGUAUGACCUUUGAACUCCUGAGUAUGAACCUGUAUGAGCUGAUCAAAAGAAAUAAGUUUCAGGGGUUCAGUAUCCAGCUGGUACGCAAGUUUGCCCACUCUAUACUGCAAUGUUUGGAUGCUCUCUAUAGAAACAAAAUCAUACACUGUGACCUGAAGCCAGAAAAUAUCCUCCUGAAGCAGCAAGGGAGGAGUGGAAUCAAGGUCAUAGAUUUUGGGUCCAGCUGUUUUGAGCACCAAAGAGUCUACACGUAUAUUCAGUCUCGAUUUUAUAGGGCACCAGAGGUAAUUCUGGGAAGUCGCUAUGGGAUGCCCAUAGAUAUGUGGAGUUUUGGCUGUAUUCUGGUGGAGCUAUUGACUGGAUACCCUCUUUUUCCUGGAGAGGAUGAGGGAGACCAAUUGGCUUGUAUGAUGGAACUUCUCGGAAUGCCACCUCAGAAGCUUUUGGAUCAGUCCAAGCGAGCCAAGAACUUCAUCAACUCCAAGGGUCAUCCUCGCUACUGCACGAUAACUACACAUGCAGAUGGAAGAGUGACCUUGAACGGCAGUCGAUCACGCAGGGGUAAACUCCGAGGCGCUCCGGGGAACAAAGAGUGGGUGACAGCAUUAAAAGGCUGUGAUGAUCCCUUGUUCAUAGAGUUCUUAAAAGAAUGUCUCAACUGGGAUCCUUCCGCACGCAUGACUCCGAGUCAAGCUUUAAGGCACCCUUGGAUUUGUAAGCGAGCGCCCAAACCACCCAGCACUGAUAAAACCUCCAGUAAACGGAUAUCUAACUAUACAAGUUCUUUCCCAGGAACAGGUUCCAAGUUGCCUCCAGUAGCUGGAGUAGCAAACAAGCUGAGGGCUAAUUUAACAUCUGACUCCAAUGGCAGUAUACCUCUAUGUACUGUGCUACCAAAACUGGUUAGUUAAUAGAGAAUUAUGUAUUUCCAGAAUACAUACCGUGUAUUUUAAUUGUUUCUUAAUAACAUGUCAGGAAGUUAAAUACAGAGGUUUUUAAUGGAUUUACUUUUUAUUAAAUGCAAAAUCUUGAAUAUAAAAAGUUCAAUCAAAAUAUAAAUAUUUAAAGGGCUAACUUUUAUCAAAUUUUUUCAGUUGCAAUGUGGUGCAUAUUACAUUACUUGAUAGGUCAGCACAUCUGUUCCGUUGAGUAAGAUGACACUUUUAACAGAUGUGCUAUUUAAUAAUGCUAUUUUAGAAAUCAAACUACUUCUUAUCAAGACGGUUCAACAGGUUCUUUGGCACAAGACGGCAAGGGAAAUUGAUUUUAAAAUACAUUCUGUAAGUUAAUCCCCAUGUGAACUCUUUUUAUUUUGGGGAGAUUUUUUACAUCUAUUGUCAAAAGCACAAAUGUGUUAAUGUAAUGUAUUAGGAAGUCGCUUGCAAACAGCUAAUUUAUGUUUGAAGAUUUUGAUUUCUCUGUACUGCCUUUCCCUUAUCCAUUCUGGCUGAGACUUUAAAAAAAAAAAAAAAACACCAUAGGAUAUGAGCACCAGAGGAAUUUGGUGUCAAAAUGUCAUAGUCUGAUUUUUCAAAGGAGCCUAGAAUUGUCACAGAACACAGGAUAUAUCUGAAUAAAACUACUAACUUCUGUACAGUUGCUAUUUCCCUUAGAAAUCUAUGAGAAACCAUCAAGGGAAUUCAAGAUCAGAACUGGCCCAUCCCAUCACAAGUGUGGGCCAGUUUGUUCAGGGCUAAUGAAUUAAUUGUGUAUUUAUUCGGAGCUCAAAUUUAAGUAUCCAGUUUUGCAAGUUGUGGGUUUCUUUUCCCUUGUGUCAUUCCCGAAACAAAAAUGUUGAACUUAACUGUUGAUACUAGAGGCCACUUUAUACCUGUUUGAGAUUCUGGUCAUUUUAAUUUUUGUGUGUGUAGAGUGAAUGCCGUUGAAUUACAUCGAGGUCUUUUUAUUAAAAACCAAACUUGCCAUCCCUGUCAGACGAGUAAAAUUUUAAGGGCCAGUGCCAUAACUAGAAACCAUGUGUGGGACAGGCCUAAUAAUUGGAAGAGUGCUCUGCAAACUAGGCAUAAUCUGUGAAGUAUCAGGAAAGGCUGAUAAGGUACAGACAGACUGGUGGAUCCAAAUCAAAGUAUGUUAUGGGAAGGAUUGCUUUAUUUCUAAUCAUAUCUCUUCAGGCUUUCGAAAGGGAGAUGCCUAAGUUUUUGCAUGCUUGAAGUAUAUAAGCUUGUAUUUCCUUUUCCUUUAUCUUCCAAGAACAUAAAAUGGUGGUGUGACCUGUAAUGACAACAGCAGAGCUCUCAGGUUGUUAUUCCUUGGAGCCACAUGGCUUAAGUCCAUUUACAGAAACAUCUGAUCUGUUGCCAGGUGCUUGAAAACAAUUUUAAAUACAAUUUAGAGCUUUGAAGAACAGAGGGUUUUAUAUUUAAUGAGUUUCUCUGUAACAGAUUUUUAAUGUCAAAACACAGAGACUUUCUGUAUGCAAUCAAAGGAAUUAUCUGUGUGAUCUUUAAGAUAAGUUGACCAAAUGUUCAAUAUAAGACCCUUAUUCUGAGAAGAUGGGGCUGCAUUUUCUCCUCUGCUGUGUUUAAUUACAAUACUGGUGAAAUGUGGGAUGGAGGGCUGUAUACAAAGAAAAAAAGUCAGAAGGGCAGAGCCCAGGCUCCAAACUUUCCAAGACUGUUGUUUAAACUGAGAUUCUUACAUAUGUAACUUUUCUGAGUUCUUUCGUUUUUACAAGUGUCAAUUCAGUAAGCUUAGUAAUCAUAUUAAAAUAAAAGUCUAGCUUUUAUCCACGCAGCUGCAAGUAAGACCAGUGGCUAUGGUAGAUUCAUGGUUCACUUCUUACUAAUGCACGAUCAAUGGUUUUUUUUAUUUGGCUCAACUGAGUUAAAUUUUAUUUUACUGGAGAAUUGGGGAAGCAGAUUUUAUAGAAUUGCUAGAAGAUACCAUGAAUUUCACAAAUUCUCUGAUAGAUGUGGCACAUUUUCAGAAGCAAGAAACAUUCUUCUCCCUCCUGUGCCCUUCACUGUGUUUAUUUUUUAUGAACUAUACCUGGAGAGUGGGACUUUGAGAAGCGAUGGCUUGGUAAGAAAGACGCGUAGAAAAAGAGCACUUGGUAUGUUGAGGCUGUAAGGUGAUGGUAGUGCCUGGAGCCUGUAAGUAGAGAGUAGAGCCUUCACGUGCUGGGAGCUGUACAAACAAAAGACAAAACAGCCCAUCCCUUGGGAAGAACGAAUACUGUCCAGGUUCAAAAAUAUUUUUUCACCUAUCAGAUGCCAAACUUGGAAUGAUUAUUCUGCUGUGACCUGGGGACUGGUUACUGUGAGGUGACUUCUAACGUGGCAGCCUUUUGUAUACAUACAGUGCUGUCAUUUAAGGCUCAUGCUGUGAAACUGCAAAUAGAGUAAUUAGCAGGCGAGAACACUGCUUCUUACCUAGAAAAUGUGUUCAUCUUGACCUGAUUGAACAAGGUGCCCUUUAUGAGUUAUGUAUGUUUAAGAUCUUUCUUACUUAGCACUGCUCUUAGGGUUUAAAAUCAAACAGUUAACUAUCUUGCUGAACUGGGGCUCUUAUCUAUAUAACCGUAUUAGAUGAGAAGGAAAAGGAAGCAGCCUCAAAGGAUUUCAGCUAUGUGGGAAAGGAUGCCUUCAAAAGCCAGAGAAUACAGCUGAGAAUAUUCCCUCACUGCUUCCAUUUAUUAAGCCCCAUUUUUCUUUAUAAAAUGUUUGCUUUUCAAAGAAUAUUAUUACCCAGUACUCCCAAACUGGGAGAACCAUUUAAAGUAGAUAAUAAAUCUCAUGUCUGGGAGAAAGCUUAGGAAUCAUCCCUGUAAGCAUUGUGCAUGGGGAAGCCCCUGGGAAGCAGCAGAGGAGUUGCGCUCAGCCACACUCGCAGGAGCGGAAGGCAGACUGUUACUGAACAGCGUCAUUUGUAGCUGGCGGCCGCGCUUGCACCGGCUGUCUUGAGGAUACAGCAGAAUCUCACAAAUUCAUGCUUUGCUUUUUGGAAAGGUAAAUGCUAAUGAGGUUGGAAAUUGCCAAAAGUUCGUCAGUGUCACUAUUUGUGAUGCUGGUUAGACAGUUAAAAGCAAUAUGCAACUAAAUUUGUCCAAAUAGACUAACCGAAUAGCUUUUCUUUUUGUGGUAACUCCGUUUUGCAGGUUUGUUAGCCUGCCAGCAUUAGUGAGGUUCUGCUGUAACUUAAAGCUUAUUCUCCUUGAAAGGGAGUACAAAACAAAUGCAAAUGACUUGGGUUUACAACAAAACAAUGUCACAUUUCUAAGACUUUUUAGUAAAGUCACCUGAACUUUUUUAAAAAAUGUUUCUUACGCUAUUCCUUCUGUUUUACUACACAUUGUUAGUCUCUGUAUUGUAAAUAACACGGUCUGUUUAUUGUCUGGGGUUUUAGCUGUUUGUUUUAACAAUAUUUCUUAUAUCAAUGAAUGACAAGGCAUGAACAUCAAACAUGAGUGAUAAACAUUGCUGUUGCACUGGGAUCCAAAUAUUAUCUGACUGUUCAAGCUGCAAGGAGAAAGUCGUUUUGUUUUUGUUUGUUUGUUUUUAAACUCAGUGGGACAGUGGAGCGUUUCUGCACUAUGCAACAUGGUAUUACAGACACCAAAACAGACCCUGUUUGGUUCUUCCCAGGCUUGAUCUUACUUAACAGCAACUGUUGAAUGUGAUGCUUCUGUUUUAAGGUAGUGAUCUCAUUGUACAGGUUUUCUACAUAAAGCAGAUACUCCACUAGAAUUUUUGUUCAUCUUCCUACCCAGUUUGAAUAAGAAUUCUAGUCUUAUGGCAAUGGAAGAAUUCAGAGAAAAGUAAUUGGAAAGUUUUGAGGCAGUUUCUAUGAGAGUGGGCGUGUUGCUCAAUCUAAACUUUUUUGCAAUAAUUGUGACCUGUUAGGACACUGAUGCAUUCGAAAACUUUCUGAAUACUAGGAAUCUUUAAAAUAAUAAUUUAUCAUUGGAGGGUCUUUGCAAUGGUCAUCCUCUUUAAAGCUACCUCUGAAAUAAAUCUAGGGUCCUUUUUAAAGGGAUAUUCACUGCAAACUAUAGUUCUUUUUUCUUGGUACUAAUAGCUGUGUUGGCUGUGAAACAUAUACAUGAUGAUCUCAGCAAUGUCUUACUAAUCCUGGCCAUACAAGCAAAAGGCUGAUUCUGCACCCGGAGAUCUGUGCUGAAAUGAUUGAUACAAAUCCCCUGCCUGCCAAAGUUUAAUACUGUUGUAGAAGGGAAGAGCCAAAAUAAUAUGGAAAGAUCUGCAGUACUUCUAUGCGGUACCCAACUGAGAUUUAAAAACAAACUGCACCAAAAGACUUUCUUAAUGAAAAAGCUGCAGUUUUUUCAUGUGUUGAGCACUGGGAACUGUGGGUACCUGGCACUUUUGAAAAUUGGACAUCAAAUUUUUAUACUUGGUGUGUGCCAGUGUUACCACUUUUUAUUUUUUAUUUUUAAUAUUUCCUUCUUUUUGAUAAGAGUUUGAGGAAAUCGUACUUCAUACUUCCAGCGAAAGAUUUCUCGAGUGUUCUAAAACUCCACUGGUAUCUUACUGUUUUUUAAUUCCCACUAUAACAUGUAAAACUCUUGAGUCCUCAGAGCAGUCUUGGAUAGGUGAACAUUGUCCUCACUGUGUUUGAAAGGGUGUGAUGAUUUUAAUCCAAUUACACUUCUUACAGACUUGCUAACUAGAUCAAUAAGUCUACGUUGCUUAAAAUUAAUAAACAAACACAUACGUUCCCUAUACAUAGUACUGUGCCUUAUUAUUUUACCAGCCUGCAUCUGUCUCAAUGCAAUCAAAUUACUAUUCAGGGUUUCUUAUACAUUGCCAGACAUUCAUACUAAGUGUCAAUAUGUCUAAAGAAUUUGCAGGUUAGCCUUUUUAUUAUAAAUAUUGUGAUGAGGUGUAAUAUGGUGGAGAAUGUAGGAAACAUUUAAGGUGCAUGUGGAUUCAGCUUUCUCUGUGAAGGAACACUUUUGAAAUAAGUCAGUUUUAAUCUAUGUAUCUAAAUGUAAUGAACAGAUUUUUCCUAAAGUUGUACUUCAGUUCAUUAUCAAAAGAAAAUAAAUGCAUAAUUUUCUUUAGCAACACACUGUGUAAAUUCCUAAAAGAUGUACUUGACUUAAAAAGUUUUAAUUACUUCCAGAUGGUGUAACUUACCUUGUAUUGCCAGAUAUUGCAUUCUGUGGUGUCUAAUGAGAGAGCGAUACAAAAUUUUCGGACUUUACAUGAGAUGUUUACAAUGCUGUAUUUAAUACAAACCAAAAAAAGAUCUGUGUAUGGAAGCAGAAAGUGAGAAAGGUGAGCCAGGAAAACAUUUUUGCUAUACUGGUAUUUCAAUAAAGCUUAGCUUCACGUGUGAAAACAGCA